AAGUCGUUGGUGAAGAUAACGAAAACAAGAGUAGAGACGGUGAAGAGAAAGAAAAACUCUGUGUGCAAAUAUUUGAAGAACGACAUUGUCGAUCUUCUCAAAAACAGCCUCGAUUACAAUGCAUAUGGCAGGGCAGAAGGGCUCAUUGAGGAGAAGAGGAGGCUGUCCUGUUACGACUUGUUGGAGCAAUUCUGCAUCUGUGUUGCAUCCAAUGUCUCUCUCUUACAAAAAUCCAGUAAGUGCCCUGACGAGUGUCGAGAGGCCAUCUCCUCCCUUGUAUAUGCGGCGGCCAGAGUCUCUGAAGUGCCGGAGCUUCGUGAUCUCAGGUCAUUAUUCGCUGACAGAUACGGGAACUCACUUGAGCAUUUUGUGAAUCCUGAGUUUGUAGAGGGAUUCAAAGCGGAGCCACCGUCAAAGGAAAUGAAGGUAGAGCUGCUGCAGGAAAUCGCCAGAGAAUACUCCAUCAAAUGGGAUGCCAAGUCUCUACAGGAGAGGCUCUACACACCUCAUCAUCAUCAUCCAAAUCCCAAAUCAACAAACCAAGACAGUGCCACCGCAAACAGAAGCAGCCUUUCGUUUCAUGGUAGAAAAGAGUCUUGGGAUGAUGACAGUAACAACAAGUCCAUGAGCAGAAGAAGCGAAGACGACUCCAUGAGUACAAGCGAGAGCUGUGUCUCUGGCCCGGAGGAAGACCCCGAAGCCAAACCUUUCUACUACAGGUUCAUCCCUGCGCCUUACAGCAACCAACCCAGAAUCGAGAAACAGGAGAGCCUCCCGGAGAAGAUGACCAAAUCUGAUAUCAUGGCCGACGACGCCGGUGAGUAUGAAAAACCCAGUUUCCUACAGAAUAUGCAAGCAAGCCCUGAUGAUAUAUGCUCUCAAACAGAUUCGCCCACUGCGGGAAGACCAAAGCCGAGAUCAGUGAGACGACGAUUGGCCAACCCUCCCCCUGAUCCUGAUGCUGAUGCUGCGCCGAAACAAACUAACAAGACCAUGAGAACGGAGUCGAUGGAGAAAUCAGGCGGAGAGGGGAUUAGGAGGAUGAGUCGUCGAACAGCGUCGUGGCAGCCUCGGGCCUCCAACGUCCCUGACUUUGAUGAGGUCGCCGCUCGCCUUAGCUUUUUUUACCUCUUAAAUAUGGAUCCCGUUCUAAAAUCCCUAGAAUCGACGACUUAUCAAUCACCAUUCUUCCCCUUCCUCACAAGAAGAAUAACCCUAACCUCGGAGGAAAUGGAGGAGUCAGAGAUUCAUGUCAUGAGCGAGGUUCAUCUCGGGUGCCCACCCGCCACCAACGGGCCCUUUCUUUCCCGAUUCACCUUCUCUUUUCCACCCGCUGCGAGCUCGAGUCAUCAUUGUAUUAGUGUAGAUAAAGAUGGCGAUCUUCUUCUCCCCAGACGAACUAGUCGAUCCGCUCACUCGUUUACUAUCACCAUUCAGCAUUGUAUCACAUCAACGCUCCGUGAUGUUGGGCUGCAGGCGCUGCCUCUUCAGGUGUGGAAAGCGGAACUGGUCUUAUCAGAUUUUGUGUUGCAUAAGAUGUGUACAUCAUCCCUCCUCAAUGGCAUCGUGUGUCUGGAACUCGGUGCUGGAACAGGGCUGCUCAGUCUACUGCUUGCACAAGUGGCCAAGGCUGUUUUCCUUACUGAUCACGGAGACGAAAUUCUUGGCAACUGUGUUCGGAACGUGGAAAUGAAUUCAUCCUUGUUUAACCCUCAAGCUGUGGUAAACGUUCGCGAGCUCGACUGGACCAGCAAAUGGCCUAUUGACGACACCCAUGGUGGCUGCAGAGUUCCAGAAAAGUAUUGUUGGAGCUCGCAGGACUUUGAACAAGUAAAAAAUGCAAGCUUCAUUUUUGCGGCGGACGUGAUCUACAGCGAUGAUCUAACCAUAGCGUUGUUUGCCAUGUUAAAGAGAGUGAUGUCAUUCGGUUGUGACAAGGUGCUAUAUUUGGGUUUGGAGAAACGAUACAACUUCAGCAUGGAUGAUCUCGACGUUGUUGCCAAUGGCUACGCCUGCUUCAGAAGCUACAUCCAAGAAGAUGGACUCUGCGAGCGAAAGGACAAGAGUUUUGUGGGCAAGCGCAUCGACGUAACACAGAUCCCUCAAUAUACCAAGGGUUAUGAUAGAGGAGAAGAUGUUGAGCUUUGGGAGAUCAAAUACGUACAU